GACUUACUUCCUGGUGUGACGAUACUCACCGUCGACAAAACUGUGUGUGUGUGUGAAAGUAGUGCGACAGUCUGGCUUGCAGAGGAAAGAUGGCCCCUCAGAUGACAUUUCUUGCUGUUAAAUCGUCCUCUCUGUUUGCUCUGGUGUUGCUGUGGACCCUGGGCCCGGCCAGCGGCUCUCCGGACCGGACCAAGACGGUGGAGUUCAACGUGAAGCCGGGAGGAGUGGUGCACACGUUCAGCGAGAGGGUGCGAGAAUAUGAGUGCUCUUUCACAUAUGCAUCACAAGGGGGAACUAAUGAGCAAUGGCUGAUGAGUGUGGGCCUGAGCGAUGACGACAGACUGUUCUCCUGCUCUGUGUGGAGGCCCCAGGGGAAAUCAUACCUGUUUUUCACCCAGUUCAAAGCUGAACUGAAGGGGACCAAAAUUGAAUAUGCCAACGCAUAUUCGCAGACUGCGAUGGGAGGACAGAGUGACGUGGCUUUGAAGCCGGAGGAAUUCACCGUAGGAGACUCAACAGUGACCCACACCGAUGGAAAGUUCCGCGCUGAACUCUCAAAACUGACUGUCAUUGGCCGGACACGACACGAUGAGCUGUAAUUAGUAGGACGUCCGACUUGACUUUGGUCAUGUUGACCAAUUGGAAAGCCGAGGUUGGGUGCGCCGUCUUUUCGCCUGAGUCUUUAAUGGAGGAUGGAUUUGUAGCGAGGAGCAGUUCUUCCUGAGUGACAGCCAGAGACUGGAGUGGGAUGAUACUUUACUGUUGAAUACAUUUUGUUGUCUUGGCAGCACUUUGUGUUGCAGUACAUUAAUUACAUGGUAUGUACUUACUGAAUUGGAUUUACUCUGUGAAAAUAGUAUUUAGGAUGAAAACAAAUAUGGCAAGGCGUCGGUUGUGCUGAGAUAUUUGACAGAAGGACUACAUUAUAAAUACUGAUUUUUACCACACAAUGUCCUAAUGAAAAUGCUUACAUUAAGAUAAAGUGCUUCCGUAGUUGUUUCGCAGUUCCUGAAGCUGCAAGCUUUACAGGGGGGAAAUCUGUUUUGAUCCACUGGGGUUGAAUGUGAAUGUAUAGAGGAUUGGUUUCCGGGGGCUUGUAGAGUACAGAUAGCUAGAGUAAGGAAGGAUUUAUUCAUCUUAUGUUAAUCCGUAGGGGAAAGUGAGUAAUCCUCUAUGUUGUCAUCAUAUGCACAUAAACAAUUACGAUUUCUCCAAUCUCUUUCUGUCUUGAACUGCCAAAUGAUUAUUAUGCUGUUGAGUGGAGUGCCUCGCUCUCUCCUCAUCUCUCUCCGUUCAUCUGCAUCUGUUCCAUAUAACUGUGAGCACCUCAUUUGAUCCCUGAUCACCACUCAUUUCCUCUGGUGAUUCUUUUAUUUUUUGUUUUUGUGGCCACAAGUUGUACUCCAUCUUAAUGGGGCAAAUUACAGUUUCACGACAUGAUGUGAAGAGGAUACAUAUCCUGGCAAAGAGAAGCCAUCAGAAACUCCUGAGCCCCGCAUGAACCCGUUGCUUUCGUCCCACAGCAGCACUUGUGUGGAUCAGCGAGGAUAUUGGACAGGUUUCAGCAGUACAUAAUUAUUACUGUCCCUGCCUGCUCCCUUAUGUACCAGGUGGGAUUGUCUUUAUCUUCCUUACAUUGAUCCAAUCUCCUUAGAUCCACACAAGUGUCCAGAAGAUGAGCCCUGCGGAUUGAUUUCGGAUUUGAAGAUUUUGCUGAUUUGAUGCAGUGAAUGGAUUACCUGUGAGAGACGUACCGUGCUCCGUCUGGGUUCACACUCCCUUGUCUGUCUAGAGGUGAUCCUCUGGGUUGAGGAAAUGCUCAGCAGGGACUUUGCCGUCCCUUCGUCACGGACUAGGCUCCCUCCGGGGUCACAACAGGAAAUACCACGACCAGAUGCUAACUUGGGAAUGGAAAGACAAGGCACAAGACAGACGGAACGUUACUGAUUUUCGUACACGUUUGUUUUUCUAAACCUUGUUUGUUCUGAUUCAUGAUGAUGUGUGAUGGAUGCUUCAAUAAACUCAUGCUGUCACUUUGCUGGAGAUAA